UGCCCUACCUGGUACACCGGUCUACCAACCCAACACACAGCUGUCUAGGCCGGCCCUUGGAGCAGACUCCGAUCUGCACACCAUCCGCUAGUGGGGGUGUGUGUAUUAAUGGAUCAGGAUGUCAACCAAUAACAACAUCGCCCAGGCCAGGAAACUGGUGGAACAACUGAGGAUCGAGGCAGGGAUCGAACGUAUUAAGGUGUCUAAAGCAGCAGCAGACCUGAUGAGUUACUGUGAGCAGCACGCCCGUAACGACCCACUCCUCGUUGGUGUCCCAACGUCAGAAAACCCUUUCAAAGACAAGAAACCCUGCAUCAUCCUAUAGCUGCACACUCGUCUCUGCCCAUCACACACACACACACACACACACACACACACACACACACACACACACACACACACACACACACACACACACACACACACACACACACACACACACAUACACCUCUGCCCAUACACACACUCCCACCGGCUGACUCUGCAACAGCCAACAAGGCCCAGCUCUGUCAGUCUAUACAUAGAGCACACACACACACACACAUACACACACACACACACACACACACACACACA